GCGCACACCGGCAUAGUCCUGACGCCAGCAAUGUCGGGUGAGGGGGACCCCAGGGGUUCGCAGUCCAUCUUGUGGCCUCGGGGUCAGACACCUGUUAAAGCGAGGCCUCCUAACCUCCGCAGAGGCCAGUAUCAUGCCCCAGGCGGCCCGGGAGGAACCUCACGGCUCUCUCCUGGCCGUCCUGGGCGCGAUGCCCUGGUCCAGAGACAACGAGGCCGGCAGCCCAGGGCGCUGCAGAGGCCCCCGGGCCCCACCGAGUCCAGUAAGAAGGGCAUCGGCCCGCUGGUGCCACCUAGUGAGAGGGUCCUGCUGGAGAUGCACGCUCACAUGCCAGAGUCGGCCGAUGGCGUUGGAUGGCGUCGACGGAUGGACACUCGGGCCUGGCUUCGGGCCCUGGCUGCAGCCCAGCAGGGAGGAUUCACUGCGCAUGCGCAGGAUCUCAGCCCAGCGCCACUGAGGGACCAGGUCCAGAGUGCUUACUGCUCAUUGGAGGGGGUGGUCAGGAGACCAUAUGAGGUGCAGGCCCUCCAGAGCCAGAAGUCCCAGGGACCCUCAAAACUACACAUCCUGGACUUUCUGAAGGCUUCUGUGCCUCGGAGCCACGAGAGAACCAGACAGCUCUUUCCUGGAAGCAUACCCAUCCUUGCCAGCCAGAAAUUUGAUUAGAGAGGCUCCCUGGGAGACUUGAGAGACAAAUUAUUCCUCCUCCUUACCCGCCUCAUCCGGAAUUUCAUCUCCAUAAUGCAGCUCUGAGUGCACAUGUGAGUCAGCAUCAGGGAAGCCAGACAGGAACCAGACCCCAAGGCCGU